UUGCCGAGGCACAGCAAAGCCUGCAGCUUCCAUACCCGUCAUGAGAGCAAAUAACUUAUUCGUAAACCUAAGCACUUAAUUAACUAAAUGGAAAGCAAGGCAGUGAGUGAUUCCUGACAUGGCUGAAUGUAAGUCAAGCUGUGAAGCUCCAGGUACAGCCAGAAAUGGAGAUGGACAACUUGAACUGAACCCUGAGAGCUUCUAAAGGGCUUUGGACCACUGCUUCUCAGCAGUUUUUCUUAAAUUAGCAAGAAAGCCUGGACCCCGGGUGAAACGGAGAAAUGGACAUAAGUCCCCAGUGUUUCUCCAUUCUCUUGGUUUUAUGCAUCUUUAUCCAAUCAAGUGCCCAUGGACAAAGCCUGAAACCAGAGCCAUUUGGAAGAAGAGCUCAAGCUGUUGAAACAAACAAAACGCUGCAUGAGAUGAAGACCAGAUUCCUGCUCUUUGGAGAAACCAAUCAGGGCUGUCAGAUUCGAAUCAAUCAUCUGGACACGUUACAGGAGUGCGGCUUCAACUCCUCCCGGCCUCUGGUGAUGAUAAUCCACGGGUGGUCGGUGGACGGCUUACUAGAAAACUGGAUCUGGCAGAUGGUGGCCGCGCUGAAGUCUCAGCCGGCCCAGCCAGUGAACGUGGGGCUAGUGGACUGGAUCACCCUGGCCCACCACCACUACACCAUCGCUGUCCGCAAUACCCGCCUCGUGGGCAAGGAGGUCGCGGCUCUUCUCCGGUGGCUGGAGGAAUCUGUUCAAUUCUCUCGAAGCCAUGUUCACCUAAUCGGGUACAGCCUGGGUGCACACGUGUCAGGAUUUGCCGGCAGUUCCAUCGGUGGAACGCGCAAGAUUGGGAGAAUCACAGGGUUGGAUGCCGCGGGCCCUUUGUUUGAGGGAAGCUCCCCCAGCAAUCGUCUUUCUCCAGAUGACGCCAAUUUUGUGGAUGCCAUUCAUACCUUUACCCGGGAGCACAUGGGCCUGAGCGUGGGCAUCAAACAGCCCAUAGGGCACUAUGACUUCUAUCCCAACGGGGGCUCCUUCCAGCCUGGCUGCCACUUCCUAGAGCUCUACAGACAUAUUGCCAAGCACGGGCUCAAUGCCAUCACCCAGACCAUAAAAUGCUCCCACGAGCGAUCUGUGCACCUUUUCAUCGACUCCUUGCUGCAUGCCGGCACGCAGAGCGUGGCCUACCUGUGCAGCGACAUGGACAGCUUCAGCCAGGGCCUGUGCCUGAGCUGCAAGAAGGGCCGCUGCAACACGCUGGGCUACCACGUCCGCCAGGAGCCCCGGAGCAAGAGCAAGAAGCUCUUCCUCGUGACGCGAGCCCAGUCCCCCUUCAAAGUUUAUCAUUACCAGUUCAAGAUCCAGUUCAUCAACCAAACUGAGACGCCAAUACAAACAACUUUUACCAUGUCACUACUCGGAACAAAAGAGAAAAUGCAGAAAAUUGCCAUCACUCUGGGCAAAGGAAUUGCUAGUAAUAAAACAUAUUCCUUUCUUAUCACGCUGGAUGUGGAUAUCGGUGAGCUGAUCAUGAUCAAGUUCAAGUGGGAAAGCAGUGCAGUGUGGGCCAAUGUCUGGAACACAGUCCAGACCAUCAUCCCAUGGAGCACAGGGCCCCGCCACCCAGGCCUCGUUCUGAAGACGAUCAGAGUCAAAGCGGGAGAAACCCAGCAAAGAAUGACAUUUUGUUCAGAAAACACAGAUGAUCUACAACUCCGCCCAACCCAGGAAAAAAUCUUCGUGAAAUGUGAAAUAAAGUCUAAAACAUCAAAGCAAAAGAUCAGAUGAGAUUUAUUGAAGACCCAGUGGAAAGAAUAAAUGAAUCUUACUCCUUA